CCUCAUUUACUCCCUUGGAUUAUCAUCCUUCUGCUGGGUCUUGCCAAAAUCGCCGCGCCCGCCAUGGCGACGCGGAUAUUCUUUGCACUAAUAGUGUUGGCUCUGUGCCGGAUAGCAUUAUCCACGCAGGGUGACAUUUGCUAUGUUAUUGGGGCAAAGACCACCUUAGUGGACGACAGACUGUAUUUCAUCAGCGGUAAUUACAGUAUUGUAUCUUUCGAUGGCCAAGACAUCACACCUACUGCAUCGCUUUACUCGCUCAGUCUUAGCAGCCAGUUUCCUGUUGAGAGGUCCAUUCCGCAGGGCCUUCUCAGCAAUGACACGAUUGAUUCCGACAUCACGGUUGCCUACAACAGCGCUUUGCGCACAAGCAGUGGCGAUGCAACUGGAGCGCUGUGGCAUUCCAACGACACAAUCUAUGUCUUUGGUGGCGGCUUCGAAACACCAACCAGCACGUUGUCGGCCUACAAUGUCACAGCUGGUAAGUGGAAAGACGUGAAAGCCGCCGGCGGUGCCUUCAACUUUGGCAACCGGACAUCUUCUCAAUAUGUCAGUGCUCCCGGGUCAGGCCUCCAUUUUAUUUAUGGUGGCACCACCCCUUACAUGGGAGGCAUGCUCCGCCUUGACGCGUCUGAUCCGGACAACCUCUCGUGGACAAAUGAGACGUUAGGAAAUGGGUCACACGGCGUAAAGGUGCCGAACCUGGAGUCCGGAGCCAUGGUCUACAUCCCAGCAGGGAAAGAGGGCAUGCUCAUCAGCUUUGGAGGGUCAAACGUUACCGCAGGCAUAGAUCCCGACUGGGGGUGGCCAUACGACUCGGACUGGCUAACAGUCUACGUUUACGACAUCGCCUCUCACACCUGGUGGGUUCAGGAGGCCUCUGGUAGUGCCCCCUUGCAUAAAGGCUCCUUCUGCACGGCCGUAACUGCCUCACCGGAUGGCGGAGCGUUUCACAUCACCACAUACGGCGGAUGGAGCCUGAAUUACGGGCGUUCUUACGAGGACGUCCACGUACUCAGCAUACCAUCCUUCACCUGGAUCGACGCCACCGACCUAUCAAACGAGAGCAACAAGGAGCAGCAGGUGAACUCCACCAUCGGGCGGGACAGCCUCACCGGCAGCUGCCAGACAUACAAGGGCGCGCGGAUGAUCGUCCUCGGCGGUGGGAUCCGCGCCGGUGCGUAUUCGCUCACCAACGGCGCGUGCAGCAACGUCUUUGAGCCCGUGCGGGUCUUGGAUCUCUCAAAGUACGAAUGGCAGACCGAGCUAGACACGAAUGCCAGCUACGAGGUGCCCCCGAUCAUCUACGACAAGAUCGGUGGAGACGCAACCGGCGGCGCCACAUCCACGGUACCCUCCGCCGGAUUCGCAGACGCCACGCUAUCCUCCCUGCUGCAACUGCGCGUGGCCACAGCGACCGGCGGCACGGCGUCCUCGAAGCCUUCCAACAGCUCCGCGACCGGGACGCCGGAGAACCACUCACACUCGGUAAACGCCGGCGCCAUCGCCGGCGGCGUCGUGGGCGGCGUCGUCGGCCUUGCCCUCAUCGCGGGCAUGGCGUGGUUCCUCCUGAGGCGCAGACGCGGCGCCAAGGGCGAUGCCCACGCUCCUCACCGGGUCGGGAAAGGGGUUACGUCGCCGCAGGUGCAAGAGAUGGAUGCGUCGUAUUCCAACCAGGUGGACGCGUACGGUAGGCCGCUAAGACCGGGUGGUGGUAUGGUCCAUGAGUUUCCUGUUAGUCCGGCGGCGGCUGAGCUGGAUAGCACUGCGCGGAGGCAUAUGUGAUUGGAUCUAUUGCUGGCUAGGCCUGCCUCUCGCCCUCUUUCAAUUAGAUAUUAUUUUAUACAUUGAUUAAUUUGCUUGGCUGUUCCAUCUAAGCCUGUUGGGUUUGAGGUUGUAGAGUUAGUCGCUCUUCAGAUGAUUGGAGCAACUACUUAUCAAG